UCCAAGACCACGACCGCGGGCACCAAACCGCGUUGAGACGCUAGGCAGACCCACGCGACCGUGGCGAGGAACUAGAGUCAAGGCUCUAGGCAGUCUGUGCUGGGACGUGCCACGUGAUGGCGGUUGUGAUGGAGCCCGUACACUUGAGGUCGUCGCUGUCGAUGGAGGACUACCAGAACAUGCUAGCCGCCAUCGAGGAGACGGCCAAGUGUCCUGUGUGUCUGGAUCGGGUGCGGAGUCCCACCACACUCUGCAACAAUGGUCACGCCAUCUGCCGGCAGUGCAAGCAGCUACAGAAGGUUUGCCCCACCUGCCGUGCUCCGUUCUCGCGGAUCAACCCCGUGUUCCUCAACACGCUGAUGGAACUGCUGCCGUCCCAGUGCCGCAACUCCUCGCGAGGUUGUGACAAGGUGCUAAGCAGGGAGUCUCUAGCUGACCACGAGCUCCAGUGCCAGUACCGCCUAGAGCGUUGCCGAGUCAGAGGGUGCUCUUGGCACGAAGAGGUCACCCAGCUGCUCACUCAUGUGGAAGGAAAGCACCCGGAGUCCUUACUGUCCCCCAACACCACCACCAGAGUCCCUGACUUCAUAGUGAGUGACGAAGAAUAUUCACCAUCACUAGUGACUCUGGAAGAUUGCUUAUUUUGGGUCUACAUCACCAAUAACUUCUACAAGAAACAGAUUCCUGUAUUUGUUCAGUGGAUACAACGCUCUCCCGAAGUAUCACGGUGUACUUGUGACGUCAGAGUUGUGAAGGACCACUUCAGUUUCUGUUACUCUCAACCUGUCACCGCUGUUGAAUCGGUGGAACAAACUCUAUGUUCCACACUCGCAAAGCAAUUUCUUGUCACACCCAACUCGAUUUUUCCCAAUUUUGUGAGCUCUAAAUACGAUGUUGAAAUCAAAUUCAAUCUGAGAAUUGACUGUGAUAAAUCGUAACCUCUUCGUGAUUUUAAUUUAUUCCAAAACUGUGUUUUUUAAUUUUCUACAUUAUUUGUGAUGUGUUUUGUAUUAAAAAUAAAAGUUUACCUUAUCUUCUUAUAA